AUGGCGUCGACAUCGGUAGCGAACGGGUUGGCGUCGGGAGGGCAGCUAAGCCUCGGCUCCGCUCAUGUUCCGCAGUUCCCGGCGCGUCUUUCGCUCCUCGCAGCUCCCACCGCCGCGAUGGCUUCCGACUACUCCGACGUGGAGGCGUUUUUGGACGGCCACCCGGAACUGUUCGAGGAGUAUUUGGUGCGCAAGGCCAAGUGCGAGCACAUCAGCAGGUGGCUGCGGGAGCACCGGGCGCCGAAAGUCCCCUGCGCCGCCCCGGCCGGGGAGCCCUCUCCGUGGCCGGCCAAUCCGGACGCUCUGCGCCGUCGGUCGUCUCACGUGGAGCUCCGACGCAACUUCGCCCGCUCCAAAGCCACCGUGGCGCACCGGACCUACGACGAGCACGCCAGCUUCGGCCAGCACGACCCCCAGUCCAGCAUGAGGCGACGCGCGCUCCUGCGCAAAGCCAGCUCGCUGCCCCCCACCACGGCGCACAUCCUCAGCGCUCUGCUGGAGUCCAGAGUCAGCGUGCCCCAGUACGCGUCCACCGCCACCGACCACAAGUACCGCCUGAGGGAGACCAACGAGCGGGAGUUCUUCCUGGAACUGGUCAAGGACAUCUCCAACGAACUGGACCUGACCAACCUGAGCUACAAGAUCCUGAUCAACGCCUGCAUCCUGGUGGACGCCGACAGGUGCUCCCUGUUCCUGGUGGAGGGACCCCCGCACAAGAGGACGCUCGUGUCCAAAGUUUUCGACGUGCACUCGGCCACCACCGUCGGGCCGUCCUCCUGCGCGCUCAACCCCGGCGAGGUGCAGGUGCCCUGGGGCAAGGGCAUCAUCGGAUACGUGGCCGAGCACGGAGAGACCGUCAACAUCCCUCACGCGUACCAGGUGAAGGACAACAGACCGCGUCACAAUUAG